AUGAAAGCAUUUUCUUCUGAUCGAAAGCUUUAUCUGCACAUGAAUGGAUUGACUGCAAAGGGGAUUUUGGGGGUCAACUCAUCAGCAGACUUCCCUGUUGGGCAGUGGUUUAAGGGGGCCGACACAACAUUCGUCCUCAAGUUUCUCAUCUUCAAACGACGACUUAUAAAGGUUGUGCGACUGGGGAUGGCGAUGCUUACUUUGUACACUCGCAUCGCAGCAAUGGCACACUCAAGAUCCUUGCCUCGCUUCAAGCUCACACCCAAAUACCAUAUGCUUAUGCAUGUGGUUUACCAGUUGAUGCUGGACAGGGAUGCCAACAGAUCACCCAUCAACCCUCUGGCAUACUCAUGCCAGAUGCCAGAGGACUUUAUUAAUCGUGUUGCCACUCUGGCAAGGGCUGUGAACCCAAGGUUUGUGCCCGAGAGAACUUUGUACUUGUACAAGGUCGCACUCGCAAAGGUGUGGGAGUGA